AUGCGCCCUCGCAAGACGCUCGUCGUCACUUACUCUCGCUUCAACCCAAUUAGCUUGGCACAAUCCGAUAUUACCAUGAAGACGGCGACAUUAGGCGCAGCACUCCUGCUGUUGGGGGUUCAGCAAUGCGCCGCCACCUCGGGACAUCGCAGCCUGCACAGGCAGUUUGAGAAGCGCCAUGGCCACAACCACCUGCCUACUCGCAGCUUCGAGGCCGACUUGCGAUCCCCUGAAUCCGAGGAAUCAGGCAACAUCUCCGAGGUCAGGAAGCGAGGCUCCAGUUGCUCCCUUCCCGAUGACGACGACAGCCUCGUCCGCAUCACCGACACCCGCAACGACAACCAGGGCUUCGCCAUGUCUCCUGAUCAGACGUGCGAGGAUGGCAUGUACUGUCCCUUUGCCUGCAAACCAGGCAUGUUGAUGAACCAGUGGAAGGAAGGCACCUCGUUCAAGCCUGUCGAGUCUAUGCAGGGUGGUCUGUACUGCGACAACGGCAAGCCUAAGAAGCCUUUCCCCAGCAAGCCCUACUGUGUCCAGGGCACUGGCACUGUCAAAGCUGUCAACAAGUGUGGCAAGGUUGUCUCCUUCUGCCAGACUGUACUGCCGGGCAACGAGGCCAUGCUCAUCCCUACCGAGGUCUCUGGCAGCACGACACUGGCCGUGCCCGGUCCUGACUACUGGGCCGGUACCGCUGCGCACUUUUACAUCAACCCACCGGGCGUUUCUGCCGAUCAGGGCUGCCGUUGGGGUUCGGAUGCCAACGAUGUUGGCAACUGGAGCCCUUACGUUGCCGGCGCGAACACAGUCUCUGACGGAAGGACAUUUGUUCAGCUGAGCUGGAAUCCGAUUUAUGAGGACUCCAAAUGGUCCAGCAAGAAGCCCAGCUUUGGCGUCAAGAUUGAGUGCGAUGGUGACUGCAACGGUCUGCCUUGUGAGAUUAAUCCGGCCAAGACCGGCUUGAAGAAUGUCAACAGCAAGACCGCGGCUUCCGGGGCCGGCGGUGCCUCUUUCUGCGUUGUCACCGUCUCCAAGGGCUCUUCUGCCAACAUUGUUCUCUUCAACACUGACGGAUCGACCGGCGACUCAUCGUCUUCCGAGGAACCCAAGAAGACGACUACGUCCUCCUCAAGCUCGACCCCAUCGUCGACCUCGACGACAGCGCCUCCCUCGAGCUAUGCAAAGGCAAGCUAUACGACCAGCUCCAUCUCGCUCACUAUCCCGACUGUCCGCCCCGGUAUCUUCCAGGAGAACAGUACUUCGUCCACAGACAGCUCGUCGUGGUCCGGAUCAGCCUCGACCACAAAGUUCGACAGCACCCAGGGCAGCUCCUCGACCAGUUCCGCUGCUUCUCCCAGCUCCACUAACGAUGGGGCACAGCGCGAUAAGGGAGGUGCUGCCAUGGCCGGGCUUGUUAUCGCCAUCGUCGCUGCGGCAUGGAUGUAUUAGGUUUACUCCCCACCGCAAGUGAUUCCUUCGUGUCUCUGCUGGGCGCGCCGCUUUCAUAUCUUUACCUUUGGCCUUUGUUUGCCCAGCAAAACACAAUUACCUCUUUCAGCUUCGAUAUUGGCCUCCUUUCGAGUCGAUGGCAUUUUCGCUUCUUGAAAAACAACCCAGUUAUGAGAUGAUGUCCACAUUUUUUAACCCCUCCAACACUUGAGGGCUUUUUGCUC